UCCGUGGAUCUCUUCGCAUCAUUCGGCACGCUUAUGCCAAGUGCGCUCGAGCCACUUGUUGAAAAGCUCCGCCCCGUCCACAUUGGCCUCGCGAUAGCUAUCUCCACCUGCGUCUGUAUCCUCGUUACGUACCACGCCCUGCGACCUAAAGACCAUCUAGACAAACCCAAGUCCAACCCGUGCCGCUCGUGCUCCACAAACUCUCGAAUGACUUCUUCCCAAGUAACGUACCUAAACAAUGCCAACGCCAUCCUCGACUACACGGUUGGAGGUCGUGGAGAAGAUUUUGAGUUUGAAGACUGCAAACACGUGGCCAAGACAAUCUACCCUGGCUUCAAAGAUGCCAACGCUGACGACAUUGUGAUCAAAAUCAUCUGCGGUGGCAUCACGAAUCGCCUCUAUCGACUCACGUGGCAUGAUAAAUCCGUUCUCAUUCGGCUCUAUGGCGAACACACCGAAGUGUUUAUCGAUCGCGACGUCGACAAUGAAACGUUUGCGGAACUCUCGCGACGGGGUUUUGCUCCCGUGUACCACGGCCGCUUCACGAACGGCCGCGUCGAGGGCUGGGUCGACGGUUCUCCGUUUGAGCCACAUCAGAUGGGCGAGCCGUCUCUUCUCGCGCUCAUCGCGAAAGAAGUGGGCAAGUUGCACGCCAUGGAAAUGAAAUUUACUACCACGCCUUGCUUGUGGAAAAAAAUUCAAGUGUUUCAAGACUUGGCGUCCCAAGUUCGCUUCGACGACGCGACUAAACAAAAAGCCCUCGAUCAACUCAAAUUUGCCCAGAUCAAACAGCGCGUGCAAUGGUUGCAGUCGAUCUUGCCUUCGCCCAAAAACGACCACGGCAAACAACUCCUCGAAAACUUUCGAGGCACCGUCAUCGCCAAGCUCGCGACUGAAUUUCUUCACGAAUCCGUGUUUAGCCACAACGAUAUCUUGAGCGGCAACGUCUUGUACAAUCCGACGUGGACCAAAGUCCAGGUCAUCGACUACGAGUAUGGCGGGUACAACUACCGCGGCUUCGACUUUGGCAACCACUUUUGUGAGCACUGCGGGUUCGACAUGAACCUGAACGACUUUCCGUCUCGAGAAAAGCAGUUUCAGUUUUACAAAGCGUACUUGACGACGGCGCGUCCAUCGCUGCUGCACACACUCACGCGUGACAACACACUCGAUGAGUUUCUCAUCGCGCUGCACGACGCUGGCAACCUGUACGCCCUCGCGUCACACCUCUUUUGGGGCCUCUGGGCCAUUGUCCAAGCCGGCAACUCGACGAUCGAUUUUGACUUUUUGGACUAUGCCCGCAUGCGCUUUGACGCGUUUGAAAUUCAGCUCGAUGUGUUUUGUCCAUCGAUUGCCAAGGACAUUUAACAAAAAUAAACACGAUUCAGAAUGACACGAAAGAAUGUGGAUUCGUUGAAAUCAACGAUGGAGGCCGCGCGACCUUUUGCAAGGCACUGCCUCAAUCGAUUCAUCUUUUUCGCUUGUCGGACGGCGCGUCCGGGAACGGUUCGUACGGCGGCAGGUUGUCCAGCGAUGUCGAAUCGCUCGUCUUUUUGAAGUACCGUGUGAUCACAACGUUGGGCUUGUCGUUGUCGGGCAGCGUCAGCGUCAACUCGACGCGCAUGCGACCCAAUUCGUCGAGCGUUCGCACAUCAUGCAAGAUGCCGCGGAAGCCCGAGAGAUGCGUCACAGUCUUGAUCGAAGUAGGUUCACCCAUCACUUUGAUCUGGGUCAAUGAUGAGGACGACAGACGAUGGAGAGUAUCUGUACCGUGUUGGUCUUGAUAACGACUUCUUGACCGAACUUUAACUGCUUGGUCUCGAGGAAGAUGCGCGUGCGACGGGUGAUGGUGAACUCGCCGGGGGUUUGCAGAAUGAUCACGGUCAGGUCGAGUUUGUCCGCCGCUUGUCGGGCAAUUAAUGGCAACCCCUGAUCAACCGACGAAGGUGAGGCGCCCAAGUUGAAGAAAGAAGAGUACCAUCGCUUCCAAAUAGUCGUUUGUGGAAUCGGACGCGUCGCGAUCGAGUUCCCAUGUCCCCGACAAGUUAAGAGCACCAGCACCAGCGGUGUUGACUGGAACGGGAACUGUCGAGGCAGAUGCGACAGCAACUGCGACCGCGGAAUUGACACUGACAUUCGUCGGCUUGAACGCUCGGUUGUGUGCUUGGGCUGACGCGACAUUCAUGCGGUGUUGCUGUUGAUUCAUUUGGAGCUGCAUCGCCGCCACGUUCAUGUUGUUCAAUUGCUGCAAUGCAUUUAGGUUCGCACCUGACGGCAUUUGCAUGCCCAUGCCAAGACCCAUUCGUUUGAGUUGUUGCUGUUGCUGGCUGGUUAAUGCAGCCGCCGCGGCGGCCACCAUUGCUGCGGAAGGUGCCGGGGCCAUGGCGAUCGACGUAUUCGGGUUCCCAAUCGACAUCGCUGCCGGUCCAGGACCGGGAUUCGGAGGCGCCGCGGCCAGGAUAGGAUUGGACAUCGAAAUCGGGAUGGGUUUCGAGUUUCCAGAGGUUGCGGGGGGCUUGUUCGCAGACAUCGUUCCGCCACUUCCGUCGUCCUCGAACGAUGACGACGGAAGUGGAAGUUCGAGAAGAG